AUGGAUGAGGAGUACGACGUGAUCGUGUUGGGGACGGGGCUCAAGGAGUGCAUCAUCAGCGGCCUCCUCUCCGUCGAUGGCCUCAAGGUUCUUCACAUGGAUAGGAAUGAUUACUAUGGUGGAGAAUCUUCAUCUCUGAAUCUGACUAAGCUCUGGAAGAGAUUCAAAGGCAAUGACAGCCCUCCUGAGCAUCUCGGUGUCAGCAAAGAAUACAAUGUUGACAUGGUACCCAAGUUCAUGAUGGCAAAUGGUGCGCUGGUUCGUGUUCUGAUCCACACAAGUGUGACAAAGUAUCUAAACUUCAAGGCUGUUGAUGGAAGUUUUGUGUACAAUAAUGGGAAGAUUCACAAAGUCCCUGCAACCGAUGUUGAAGCUUUGAAAUCUAACCUGAUGGGUCUAUUUGAGAAGCGCCGUGCUCGCAAGUUCUUCAUAUAUGUGCAGGAUUACGAGGAGGAUGACCCAAAAUCUCACGAGGGCCUGGAUUUGAACAAGGUCACCACCAAAGAAGUCAUCUCAAAAUAUGGAUUGGAGGAUGAUACAGUUGACUUUAUCGGGCAUGCAUUAGCGCUUCACCGGGAUGAUAGCUACCUGGAUGAGCCUGCAAUUGACACUGUCAAGAGAAUGAAGCUUUAUGCAGAAUCACUUACACGCUUUCAAGGAGGGUCCCCUUACAUCUACCCUCUAUAUGGGUUGGGAGAACUCCCCCAGGCUUUUGCCCGUCUGAGCGCUGUUUAUGGUGGCACGUACAUGCUGAACAAGCCAGAAUGCAAGGUUGAGUUUGAUGAAAGUGGAAAAGCAUAUGGAGUCACUUCUGAAGGGGAGACUGCAAAAUGCAAGAAGAUUGUUUGUGAUCCUUCAUAUUUGCCUGAAAAGGUGAAGAAGGUUGGAAGGGUGGCCCGUGCGAUAUGUAUUAUGAAGCAUCCAAUCCCCGACACCAAGGAUUCACACUCUGUGCAGAUCAUCCUCCCAAAGAAGCAGUUAAAGCGCAAAUCAGACAUUAUAUUAAUAUUAGAACAGAUCACAUAUAGAUGCCCCUUUUCAAAUAACUUGAAUUAUGGUGUUCCAUUGCAGGCAAGUUCAUUGCUUUCGUUUACUGAAGCUGAGACUGACAAGCCCGAGAUCGAGUUGAAGCCUGGGAUCGAUCUGCUUGGCCCUGUAGAGGAGACAUUCUUUGACAUCUAUGACAGAUAUGAACCCAUUAACAAUCCAGAGGAGGAUAGUUGUUUCUUGACAAAUAGCUACGACUCAACCACUCAUUUUGAGACAACGGUAAAGGAUGUACUCGCCUUGUACAACAAGAUCACUGGAAAGCUAACAAUUGAACAAACCUACACUGAUGCAAUGCAGGAGCUUGAUCUUUCAGUCGAUUUGAAUGCUGCUAGUGCUACUGAGCAAGAAGCUGCUUGA